AUGCACCGCAACAUCGUCGACCAUCAUGACAUUCUCGUCCUCUCCCUCUUUAGCGGGGGCGAGGUUCUUAAUCUAAUGAACAUCUACUCUGACGAUCAACACACAGCCAUUGAGCACCUCGCUGCUCGUGUGCAUUCUCUGCUGCCUUUCAUCUAUAUAGCAGGCGACUUCAAUUGCGUGUCGACGACUUGGGAUGACUAUGAGCAUGGCGAGUCGUCGACAGCAAUAUCCCUGCAGGACACUGCAUCUCAGAUCAGCCUCGAGUGGGCACGACCUUCCAACCAUGGACUGACAAGGAUCAGUCCUAAUCCAAACCAGAGAUCCAAUGUGUUGGAUCUUGUAUUCUUAGCUCCAUCUGAGAUCUUAAUCUUGAUGCCCAGAUUGGAGCACGAUCUCCAGGGUCCAUCAGAUCAUAUCCUGAUCUGCAUGGAUCUUGAUGUAGGUCCCGAACCACCCGGAUCUGGGCGACAGACAAUUAAACCUGGAAGUGAGGCUGAGAAGUCUUUCAUUUCGGACAUUCUCUGGGAUCUUGCAGCUAUUCCUGUUGCAGCCCCGGCAACCAAGGAAGGUGUUGAAGCUUUAGCCAAUGCUAUCAUGACAGCAUUCUCGGAUGCAUGGCUUGCCCACUCGACCAAGUCCAAACCUACCAAGCGCUCCAAGUCCUGGUGGACGGACAAGUGCUCAGAAACAUUUGGAGUAUAUCAGCUAAGCCGCUCGCUAGCUGAUUACAACAAAUUUAAGAAGGUGUGUAAGGACGCCAAACGUGACUUCUUCAAUGAAUGCAUUGCAGAAAUUGCCACUUCUCGCAAGCGCCUGUGGGACCUAAUGGAAUUGGUCAAACAGCGCAAGCUACUGCCCUGUGAGGCUAUUCACAAUGGCAACCAGCCCUGCCACGAUAUGGACGACCUCUGGGAUGCCCUCCACAGCACACACAACUCGGCCUCUGGUCGCGAGUAUGAUGCUUCAGUCUUAGACGAGCUUCCUGAUGAGCCAGUCCGUGAAUGGGCUGACUUUUCAGAGCAUGAGUUGUUGAGUGCCCUUAAGGAGUGCUCCAACUCCUCUGCGCCAGGACCAGACCAUGUUACAUGGGUCCACCUGAAGGAGUUGCUCAAGGAUAAACACGUCCUUGUGCUCUUCAUCAUGCUGGCCAAUGCUUGCCUUCAGGUGGGUCAUUGGCUGCGUAUAUUCAAGGAGUCGCUGUCGGUUAUCGUUCCGAAGCUGAACAAGCCCUCCUAUGCUGUGCCAAAGGCUUUCAGGCCAAUCGUACUCCUCAUCACUUUUGGUAAACUUAUUGAAAAGAUGAUUGCCAAUAGGAUACAGUUUGAUGCUGUCAAGCAUGAUAUCUUCCAUCCUAACCAACUUGGCGGCAUUCGCCAAAGGUCAACUGAGGAUGCUGGAUUGAUUCUGACCCAUCUCUUCUUCCCUUCCAUCAACCAUGAAAUGUUCAUGGCUGUUCUUCGCAAGCAAGGAUUCUCACCGAUCUUGGUGGAGUUCUUUGCCUCGUAUCUAGUUGGUCGGUCCAUGGUUUACUGUUGGAACACCUUCCAGUUCGACUCACGGUCUGCAGACAUGGGUGUUGGGCAGGGCUCUGCCCUCUCACCCGUUAUCUCAGGGCUUUUCAUUGCUCCGGUGAUGAAGCUCUUCUACAUCAAGGCGGCACCGCUCAACAUGACGCUACUCUCCUUUGUGGAUGAUGGGACCAUUUUGGCCCAAUCCAGACAACUUGAUGAUAAUAAUGUGGGCCUGCGUAAGGCCUACAAAAUUAUCUACCUUCUCUUUGUUGCUUUCACACUUGUUCUUGAACAUGACAAGACUGAGUUGUUCCACUUUUUGCGUUGGCGCGACGCCUACAAUCCCUUGCUGGAUCUGGGGUACGCCCCGCAUACCGGCGCUACACCUUUGAAGCCCAAGACCUAUUGGAGGUAA